UCAAAGAAGUAUUCUAUUUUAUGUUUAAAAUCACCUAGUUAAAUUAGUAAUGGCUUCUUUUGUAACCAACAAAUUACCGGAAUUCUGUUAUAAAGAGGGAAGCGUUAUUGGUUUCCCUCCAAAAAACUCAUCUCUCUCAUCUUCUUCUUUCUCUAUUCUAUUCUUUCUCUUCUAAAUUCUGUUGGUUCAAUUGAGGCUGCAUCAGGGAGAGAUCUGAGCUACGUAUUGAAUUUUGAAUGAGGAGGCGAGUCUAUGUUUCGAAGAUUCAGAUCCCGACCCGUCGGAUCCUGUUUCCUCAAAUUGACGUUAACCGUCCGAUUUAGCUUCCCUCACCCCCCCCCCUCUCUCUCUGAAGUUUCAACUUCUACGAAGCCAAUUUGAGAAGGAAAACUUUCUCGAUCCGUUGGCGUUUCGGAUAUUUAUUUGCAUGCUGCGCCUGCACCUGCUUCUUCAGAUUUGAACUCCAUGGAAGCUUUAACUUCUUUGUAAAUGGAAGGAUAAAAAAACGAACGUCAUUUGAGCAGAUGUAAAAAAGUUUUACAGAUUUGAACUCCGUGGAAGCUUUAACUUCUUUGUAAAUGGAAGGAUAAAAAAACGGACGUCAUUUGAGCAGAUUGAUAGGGUAUUUUGGACAUGGAGGAAACGAUAGUGUAGUACGUAGCAUAAACCUAAGAAGAGAGUCAAGUAUAAUGGAGGAUCCUUCCAAGUAUGCCCAUAGUCCUGCUCAUUUAGCUGUUGCUCGCCGUGACCAUGCCGCGCUUAGGCGUAUUAUCUCGACACUCCCUCGGCUUGCUAAUGCUGGUGAGGUUAAUACUGAAGCUGAAUCUCUUGAGGCUGAGGAACGGGCUGAUGCUAUCUCGGCUGUCAUAGAUCGUCGUGAUGUCCCAGGUAGGGAGACUCCGCUGCAUUUAGCAGUGCGAUUGAGAGAUCCAAUAUCAGUGGAAAUUUUGAUAAUGGCUGGAGCAGAUCGGAAUCUUCGGAAUGAGCAGGGUUGGAGUGCUUUGGAAGAAGCGGUUUGGACAAGGGAAGAGGCUAUUGCCAUGAUCAUUGCUCGACACUCAGAACUGCUUGCCUGGGCAAGAUGGUGUCGCAGACUUCCCAGGUUUAUUGCCUCAUUAGCUCGAAUCCGUGAUUUUUACAUGGAGAUAUCUUUUCAUUUUGAAAGUUCAGUCAUUCCGUUUAUUGCACGCAUUGCACCAUCAGACACUUACUGCAUUUGGAAGCGGGGUUCAAAUUUCCGUGCUGAUACGACACUUGCUGGAUUUGAUGGGUUCCACAUUAAACGAUCACACAAAACAGUUCUCUUUCUAGGGGAAGGCUACACUUCUGAGGAUGAUAACCUUUCUCUUCCUGCAGGCUCUUUGAUUGUUAUUUAUCAUAAGAAAAAAGAAGUUAUAAAUGCCUUGGAGGGGGCUGGUGAGCAAGCAACUGAAUCAGACGUCGCUCAUGAAGUGCGAAAGAUGUCUAAAACUAAUAUGUGUAGGCCUCGUAUUGAUGUUGCUCAGGCUGAGCUUGCUCCUCAACUGAAUUGGAGGCGACAAGAGAGAAGUGAGAUGGUUGGAAACUGGAAGGCUAAAAUUUAUGAUAUGCUUCAUGUGACAUUCAGUAUGAAGUCAAGGGGAGUUCCUGGUGCAAUGACUGAUGAAGAGAGGAUGGCAAAUAGCGGUGAAAAUAAUGAGUAUGAUGAUGUAUUGACAGCUGAGGAAAGGAUGCAGUUGAAUUCGGAGCUUCGUAAGGGAAAUUCAGAUGGCUUUUGUGAUGGUGAUGAUGAUGAUGAGCAUGGAUUUGUUGACUGUCAAGAAAAUGGUUCUUUUGACUGUCAAGAAAAUGGUUCAGCUGGUGCCUAUGAAAGUAUUGAAUCAAAUGGUGUUGCUAAGGAGAAGAAGAGAUGGUUUGGCAGGAAUAAGAAAGGCUCAAAGAACAGUGAUAAUCCUGAUGAUUCAAAGAUUGGAAAGUUCUCAAAAUCGGCUCCAGGAGUUCGCAAUCAGAAACAAGUUGAUAAUCGUAGAUCAUCGUCUGAAUUUGCGAAGGAAGAUACUAUUGAUGGCAAGAAGCGUAAAGAUAAAAGCAGCAAGAAGAAGAAGAAAGGGGGCAAUAGUGAUGAUAAACAUGGAAAUGAGAUUAAGAAGGGUGUGAGACCUGUUUUAUGGCUAACACCAGAUUUCCCUUUAAAGACAGAGGAACUCCUGCCUUUAUUUGACAUAUUAGCCAAGAAAGUCAAGCCUAUAAGGAGAUUAAGGGAGAUUUUGACAACUAAACUGCCACCGGGCACAUUUCCAGUCAAGGUUGCCAUCCCUAUUGUGUCAACUAUUCGAGUCCUUGUGACUUUCACUAGAUUUGAGGAGCUUCAGCCAAUAGAGGAGUUUUCAACACCUCCUUCCAGCCCGGUUCAUUUCCAAGAUGCCAAGUCAAAAGAAUCAGAGGGUUCAACAUCAUGGACUUCAUGGAUGAGAGGGAGUCGUGGUGGCCAGUCAAGAGAUAGUGAUGGUCAUGACGGGGUUGAUCCUUUCCACAUACCAACGAACUAUACCUGGAUAGAUGCUAACGAGAAAAAACGCCGCAUGUUAGCCAAGAAAGCGGAAAAGGCACGCAGGCAGCAACCAGCCAAAGGUGGGGAUGGAGGCCCGCAGCAGGUGAGCGAAGAGGUGGAAGAAUAG